CGACCAGCUAGCUCGUCCAUGUUCCUUGCAGCCUCCAACAUUGACCGAGUAUCAGCAUGGCCCAGUGAUAAAAAUAGUGGAGAAAGUAAGCAAGACCGGCCAUCUUUUCCAAGCGCAGAGGCAAAGUUGUGCACGAGGAGGGCGUGCGGCAUCGGCCAACUGCAGCGCAGCGGCGCCGGCGGAUCUUCUCUCCCCGCGCCGUCCCGGAGUGCUCCGUCCGUGCCAGUAAGCAAAACCUACAGGAUUAGAAGAAGCCACAAUGGAAGGAAGCAUCAGCGGUCCGUCAGAGAAAAGGGUUGCCGUGGUGACCGGAGGGAACCGGGGGAUGGGGCUGGAGAUAUGCCGGCAGCUUGCGGGGCACGGGCUCGCCGUCGUCUUGACGGCGAGGGACGACAAGAGGGGCGCUGAGGCAGCCGAAACGCUCCGGGAGGAGGGGCUAUCGGACGUCGCGUUUCAUCAGCUGGAGAUCAGCGAGCCCGCCAGUGCCGCUCGUCUGGCUGCUUUCGUAAAGAAGAAGUUCGGCAAGCUUGACAUACUGGUCAACAAUGCCGGAGUGCUCGGGGUGACCACGGACGUCGGCGACCCGGCGACCCUUCAGGAAACGCUUGCAGGCAAGGAUGGGAUGGAGAGAGCCGAAUGGCUGAGGCAACGGACCACACAGACCACCCAGGAUGCAGAGGACUGCCUGAGGAUCAACUACCACGGCAACAAGACCGUCACGGAAGCCCUCCUCCCGCUCCUCCGAUCAUCCUCCGACGGCAGAAUCGUCAACGUAACCUCAGCCUGGGGGCUGCUCAGGUAUUUCAGCGGCGACGAGCUCCGGCGGGAGCUGGACGACGUCGCAAACCUCACGACGCAGCGGCUCGACGAGAUGUCAGACCUGUUCCUCGAGGACCUGGGCAAGGGCAAUGGCGCGCUGGAGCGCCGCGGGUGGCCGGCCGACCCGGUCUACGCGGCCUACAUGGCCUCCAAGGCGCUGGUGUGCGCCUACACCAGGGUGAUCGCCAGGGAGGAGGGCGCCGCGCUGCGGGUCAACUGCGUGCACCCCGGCUACGUCCUCACCGGGAUGAACGACUACACCGGCGUCCUCACGGCCGCGGAGGGCGCCGCCGCCGCGGUUGCAGUUGCACUGGCGGAGAAGGGGGGCGUCACCGGCGCCUACUUCGACCGCACUGAACUCGGAGCGUCCUUUGUGUGAUUUCUCCGUGGAGCAGUUGUGACAUAAGUAUAUCUAGAAUUAUGUUAUCUUUGCAAUAACACCAUGUCAUGAGUUGGUCCAGAUAUGGAGAAUUAUGUUGUGUUCACUUUUUUCUCUCUCUCUCAGAACUACUCUCCGUUCACUAUUAUAUGAUGUUCUAACUUUUUUUAUAAAUCAGAUGUAUGUAGACACGUUGUAGUGUGUUUGUUCUCUCGUUUCAGUUCGUAUGUAGUCCAUAUUGAAAUAUUCAAAACAUUUUAUAAUAAGUGAAUGGAGAGAGUAGAAUAUUUCCAAUGUCAA